AUGAGUCUGAAUUUUUCCACUGUUAAAGUUGGGAGCCGUUUGGGCUUCGGAACUAUGAGUAUGACCUGGACAACAAAUCCACGACCCACUGAACAGUUGCUUGAAACACUCAAGUAUGUGACUACGAGUCCUGAGUUUAACGUUAAGUUUAUAAACGGAGGUGAAUUCUAUGGGGCUGAGGAUGCUAACUUGAAGCUCUUAAAAAAAUUUGUUGAUGAUAAUAAGCCAGAGUUCAAUCGUAAUCUAGUUAUUAGUAUCAAAGGAGGUUUGGAUCUUACCAAUUUCAAUAUAAGCAGCUCUAAGGAGGAAGUCUCUCGUUCAAUUGAAAAUAUCAUAUCUUACUUUCCUCAAGAUCCUUCUUUAAGACCCAAAAUUAUCUUUGAAUCUUGUAGGGUCGAUCCAAAAGUUCCAUAUGAGGAGACUAUUGGGAGCGCUGCAGAAUAUGUCAAAGCAGGCAAAAUCGAUGGUAUCUCUAUUUCCGAAGUUGGUGUUAAUUCUAUCAGAAAGGCCGUUGGGGUUUUCCCUAUAUCCUUUAUAGAGUUAGAGAUGUCCUUAAUGUGUCAAGAUUUGAUUUUUAACGGGGUUUUGGAAGCUGCAUCCGAGCUUGGUAUCCCAGUUGUUGCUUAUUCCCCACUUUGUAGAGGAUAUUUGACUGAUUCAGCUGCCGAAAAGGGCGAUAAUUUCUUAAAUGAAAUGGCUAAAGACGAUUAUAGAAGGCGCUUGGGUAAAUUCAGCGAGGAGAAUCUAUCUCAGAAUAUGAAAUUAGUUAAACGUCUAUAUGAGUUUGCCCACGAUGUAAAGAAAACGUCUUUAGAGUCAUUAGCCUUGUCGUGGAUACUUGCAAUAUCUGAGCGAAAGCAAUACGAAGGAAUUAACAGUGUAACAAAAAUCAUUCCAAUUCCUUCAGGUUCUACGAAGGAAAGGAUAAAAAAGAACUUUACCGAAUUACUGGAGUUGACUGAUGACGACCUUUCUAAGAUCAAAGAUAUUUGCAAAACCAAUGAAGUUAAAGGUUCCAGAUAUAAUGAAGAUCAUCUGCACUAUGAGUUUGCUUAA